AUGGAAGGCAAGGAUGGCCGCUCCACCUGGCUCGAACUGCGCGACCACCCCCGGAUUGUCCUCCUCUGCCUCUAUGCCAACAUCGGCGCCUUGAUGUACGGCUUUGACAGCCUGAUCCUGUCUCUGUCCCUGUCCAUGACUGCCUUCCUCGAGACAUUCGGCAGCCUCGUCGACGGGGCCUAUGUGAUCCCCGCAUACUGGCAGUCGCUGUGGAAUGCCAUCUCCCAAAUCGCCUCGAUGCUCGGAGCCACCGCUGCCGGACCCAUCCAAGAUCGCUGUGGCCGUCGGUCCGCCUUCCUGGGGGCCGCGUGUCUGUCGGCCGCCGGCAUCGCCAUUGUCUUCACGGCAUCCACGCCGGGGGAAUUCCUGGCGGGCAAGAUCGUCAAUGGGUUCGCGAUGGGGCUGAUCUCGACAGCGGGGCCGACCUAUGUCUCGGAAGUUGCGCCCCUGCAAAUCCGCGGCAUCGCCCUCUCGGGGAGUACUUUUUUCUUCAACCUCGGCUGUCUGAUUGCCGCCUCCGUGGCCCUGCCUCGCAUGUCCAUGUCGAGUGAUUCUUCCUACAAGGUCCUCUUCGCCUCGGGCUGGGUCUGGCCCGGGAUUAUCCUUCUUCUUCUCCCCCUCGUCCCCGAAUCCCCCUACUACCUCGUGAUGAAAGACCGCCACGACCACGCCCGCCACAUGCUCACCCGCCUGGGCCACACCCCCAACCAAACCCCCACGCUCCUCAACGCCAUCAUCCGGACGCACGAAGAAGAACGCCGCCGCCGCGCCCAAGCCCGCGGCACCAGUUUCCGGGAAUGUUUCCGGGGCGUCGACUGGCGCCGCACGCGGAUCAUCCUGUACUGCAACGCGAUGGCCCAAGUCAUCGGGUCGAGUUUCAUCGCCAACGCGCCGUACUUCCUCUUACAGGCCGGCAUGUCGUCGUCCCGAACGGGGAUGAUGACGGAGAUUGGCAUCGCGUUUGGGAUUGCCAGCGCCCUGAUCACCGCGUAUGCGAUGACGGUGUGUGGGCGGCGGUCGUUGGUGAUGUUUGGGUUGGGAUUGUCCACGGUGCUGUAUACGGUGAUGGGCGUGGCGGGGUGUUUUCCGGGGUGGCCCCCGGCGUUGUGGGUGGUUGGCAUCUUCCUCGAACUCACCUGGUGGGUCUACGGCCCGGCCGUGGGCCCCGCCAUGGCCAUCGCGGGCGAAGUCUCCUCCGUACGACUACGGGCCAAAUCACUCGCCCUCGGAGUGACCUUCAACAAUCUAUUCGCGACAGUGUGGAACGUGAUCAUGCCGUAUCUGUAUAACAGCGACGAGGCGGAUCUGGGGGGCUUGAUUGGGUGGAUUUUCGCGGGGUUGGGGGCCCUCAUGCUCGUGGUUGUGGUUUUUGAGUUGCCGGAGACGAAGGGUCGGACGUUUGAGGAGUUGGAUGAGAUGUUUGCGGCGAGGGUGCCGACGAGGAAGUUUAGGGGGUAUACUUGUGCCACGGAGGUGGGGGUGCGGAGGGAUGUUCCGAAGGGGGGGGAGGAGCGGGGGGUGUAG